AUGACGGGAGGACACACAACUUCCCUGCUUCGGUGGCAACACCAUUUGCCGCAGUUGCGCGAAGUCCUCCGCAAGGCGGAGUUCGUGUCUCUGGACCUCGAGCUGACAGGCCUGCACGCGCGGGCUGAGAAGUUCCUGGGCGUUGACCGCUGCUACGCUGCCCACGCAGCGGGUGCUCGCAGCUUUAUGCCGGUGCAGUUGGGUCUCUGUGCAGCGCGGCGUUCAGAAGCGGAUGCGAGCCGGUGGGUCCUCACACCCGCGAGCAUUUACAUCUUUCCACGAGAGACUCGUGUCUUUCAGGCAACGACCUCCACUUUGACUUUCCUGCGGCAAAACGCUUUCGAUUUCAACGAAUGGAUUUCGCGAGGCGUUCCCUACACGAGGAGACAGGAGGAGGAAGAGGAAAGCAGCACCUUACGGCGCCGAAUUGAGGAGCUACGCGGUAUGCUGGCCAGAGCAUCGCCUGAAGCUCCGAGUAAGUGGCGGCACUCGGCGGCUUUAUUUGAUGCCAUGACGGAGGAGGACCGACAGUUGGCCGCCUCUGUGAGGGAAUCGAUCAGCACGUGGCUUAGCAAGGGCCCUCAGGAGCCGCUGGAGCUGCCAGUUGACAGCCCACUGCAACGCUUGUUGCUCCACUCCCUCGUCGCCGCGGAAUUCCCCCAACUCUUCAGUAGCUCAAGCACCCGCGGACAGGACCGCGUCUUUGUCGUGUACACGACGGAGAGCCAAGUGUUUGAAGAGCAGCUGAGGCGGUUGCAGGGGGAACUGAAGGCCGUUGAGGCCGCUAGGGGGGCCCGCGAGCUCCUGGAGGCCAUUUCGCUGGAGCGGCUUCUUGUAGUCGGCCACUGCUGCUUUUACGACUUUUUGCACCUUUAUCAAAGCUUCAUAGGGGAUCUGCCUGAUGGUGUCGGGGACUUUAAGAAGAAAUGGAGUCAGCUCUUCCCAAGCUCGUUCGAUACUAAGCUGCUGGCGGAAACCCAUGAAGCUCUUGCGCCUUUGGGCAUACCGCCCACCCUCAAGGUCAACAGCAGCUCCUCUCCUCCGCUCGCCGCAGCAACUGCAUCAGCCGCCCUCCGUGGCCGCGUUUUUGAGGGGCCCGAGGGUCGACGGUCUGCUGCCGAGGACUUGCGCGGGAGGGGAGAGCUGGCGGAGACUGACGUGGAGAAGGACCCCGUCAGCGACUUGGCUCACGAUGCCGGGUACGAUAGUAUGAUGACGAGCAUGGUCUUCCUCAUGCAAAUCUGCAGGGUUCUGCAGCACAGGGGGUUGUCCUGGGAAGACCUUCACUUCAGACAGCCAGGUUUCUUUUGGAUCAAAACGCUUGCAGACCCCGCCGAUUCGCUGUUGCACCUCUGUGCGGCUACCUGCAGGCCAGCUGUGGGCCUUACGCAGGGAGCGCGGUCACCCAGGAGCCCCGUUGCAGCGCAGGACAUACUCGCGCAAUUCGUGAACCGUGUCCGGCUCGUACGGACGCAGCCGCCGUCAAUAAAUCUAGGGGGCAGCGAGGAGCAGCAGUACCACCAACAAUCGCGGUUACUGGUAAUGCGCAACUUUCCUUCGAGUUGGCAGAAGUGGAACAUCAUGAAACUCUGGUCUCCGGUUUGGGUUGACGUACAGCCGGUAGACAGCACCACAUGUUGGCUUGUCACCCGCACUGAGGCAGACGCACGCAGCCUCCGCACAAUCUACGAAAUGAUGCCGUCUAAGCCAUUCGAGUCAGUUGACUCUUUGACCUUUUUCAAGGCCUCCUGGUGCCACUCCCUGUCCUCUGCGACCCCCGAGUCUCAGGGGGUGGCGUUUCGAGCGGCAAUGUAG